UAUUAGUGCUAAUUUCCUUCCAUUUGUCCUAUCUUUUCUCUUCUAUCAAACCCACACGCCUUUGGCACAAUGAAGUGGGUAACUUUUAUUUCACUUCUCUUUCUCUUCAGCUCUGCUUAUUCCAGGGGUGUGUUUCGUCGAGAUACACACAAGAGUGAGCUUGCUCAUCGGUAUAAUGAUUUGGGAGAAGACCAUUUCAGAGGCCUGGUGCUGGUUACCUUUUCUCAGUUUCUACAGAAGUGUCCCUAUGAAGAUCAUGUAAAAUUAGUGAAUGAAGUAACUGAAUUUGCAAAAACGUGUGCUGCUGAUGAGUCGGCUGAAAACUGUGACAAGUCCCUUCACACUCUGCUAGGAGACAAGCUGUGCACAGUGGCCAGUCUCCGGGAGAAGUACGGCGAGAUGGCUGACUGCUGCGCCAAGCAGGAGCCAGAGAGGAACGAGUGCUUCCUGGACCACAAGGAUGACAAGCCUGACCUCCCUCCACUGGUGAGACCAGAGACUGAGGUGAUGUGCAGCUCCUUUCAGGAAAAUGAAAAGAACUUUUUGGGACAUUACUUAUAUGAAGUUGCCAGAAGACAUCCUUACUUUUACGGCCCAGAACUCCUUUUCUUCGCAGAAAAGUACAAGGCUGCCUUUACAGAAUGCUGCCACGCUGCUGAUAAAGCCGCCUGCUUGUUACCAAAGCUUGACGCUUUGAAGGAGGAAGGACUGGCUGCAUCUGCCAAGCAGAGGCUCAAGUGCAGCAGCCUCCAGAAAUUCGGAGAGAGAGCUUUCAAAGCAUGGGGAGUAGCUCGCCUGAGCCAGAGAUUUCCCAAAGCCGAAUUUGCAGAAGUCUCCAAGUUAGUGACAGAUCUGACCAAAAUCCACACGGAAUGCUGCCACGGUGACCUGCUGGAAUGUGCAGAUGACAGGGCGGACCUUGCCAAGUACAUGUGUGAAAAUCAAGACUCAUUGUCCUCUAAGCUGAAGGAAUGCUGUGAGAAGCCCCUGCUGGAGAAAUCCCACUGCCUGGCUCACGUGGAGAAUGACGAGAUGCCUGCUGACCUGGCCCCACUGGCUACCGAUUUUGUUGAGGAUAAGGAUGUCUGCAAGAACUAUGCUGAGGCCAAGGACGUCUUCCUGGGCACGUUUUUAUAUGAAUUAUCAAGAAGGCACCCUGAGUACUCCGUCUUUUUGCUGCUGAGACUUGCCAAGGAAUAUGAAUCCACCUUGGAGAAGUGCUGCGCCACGGCUGACCCUCACACCUGCUAUGCCAAAGUGUUGGAUGAGCUUCAGCAUGAUGUGGAAGAGCCUCAGAAUUUAGUCAAACAGAACUGUGAACUUUUUGAGAAGCUGGGAGAGUAUGGCUUCCAGAACACGCUGUUGGUUCGUUACACCAAGAAAGUCCCGCAGGUGUCAACUCCCACCCUAGUGGAGGUUUCGAGAAGCCUGGGAAGAGUGGGCUCCAAGUGCUGCAAGAUGGACGAAGCAAAGAGAAUGGGUUGUGCGGAAGACUAUCUGUCUGUGGUCCUGAACCGGCUGUGUGUGCUGCACGAGAAGACACCAGUGAGUGAAAGGGUCACCAAGUGCUGCACCGAGUCCUUGGUGAACAGGCGGCCGUGCUUCAGUGCUCUGGAAGUUGAUGAAACUUACGUUCCCAAAGAAUUCCAUGCUGAGACCUUCACCUUCCAUGCAGAUAUGUGCACACUUCCUGACAAGGAGAAGCAACUCAAGAAGCAAACUGCACUCGUGGAGCUCGUGAAACACAAGCCCAAGGCAACAGAUGACCAGCUGAAAGGUGUUAUGGUGAAAUUUACAGAGUUUGUAGAAAAAUGCUGUAAGGCUGACGAUAAGGAGGCUUGCUUUGCUGAGGAGGGUCCAAAACUUGUUGCUGAAAGUCAAGCUGCAUUAGCCUAAAAAAAUCACAAUUACAAGCACUUCAGCCUACUCUGAGAAGAAGAGGAGGAACGGAGACACAGAGCUUCCUCAGCUGUUUUUCUUUUCUGUUGGUGUAAAGCUAGCACCUGUCUGAGCAACAUACAUUCUUUAAACAUUUGGCCUCUUUUCUCUAUGCUGCAACUAAUAAAAAAAUAAAAAAGAAUCUCCUAUA